CUUUGUUGUUUUGUGUGUGUAAUUGUUAAAUGUCUGUUUUCUUUGAUUUUCCUAUUUUAAACUAAUCGCUUUUUUUUAUUUAAUACAAUAGAAUCCCUUAAAAAUACCGAGAGUAUGUGACACAAGAUGGUUGUCGAUAGAGAGUGCGGUUUCUCGUAUCGUGGAUCAGUGGACGGAGCUGAAGCUGCAUUUCGAGUUAGCAGCUACUACUGAAAAGUGUCACAAAGCUCACAUUCUAAACGGAUUGUAUAAAGACGAUACAAAUUAUCUGUAUUUGGUGUUUUUAAAGCCAAUUCUAAAAGAGAUGCAAAGUCUUAAUAAAAACUUCCAAGCACGGAAUGGAAACCCAACCCAAUUACUUUCCGAUGUAAUUGUGGCCAUAAAUUCGCUUAAAUCUAAAAUAAUACCACCAAAUCAUGAAAUUAACAUUUUAGAAGAUGAUUUGGAAAAUGCAGCAGUGCCUAAUAUGUAUUUGGGCUAUGCUUUUGAGCAAAAAAUUAAAGAGGCUCAAUUUCUAUCACAGGAGCUGGAAAUUAGAAAAAUUUGCAUGGAAUUUGUUAAAGAAUUAAUAAUCCAACUACGUGAAAGGUUGCCAGAUAAUAUAGAAAUAAUGCAACUGGUAAAUUUAUUUUCUGUACAAAACAUGCUAAAAGUUUCAAAAAGUAAAGAAAUUUUCAAAGUAUUAGAAUAUUUUGAAUGUAAAAACAUUGAAAAUAUUCAAUUGCAAAUUGAAAAAAUUAAUUUUAUAAAAUGGGAGUUUGUAGAGGACACCAGCAAAUUUUGGACGGAAGUUAUUAAGUACAAAGACGCUGGAAAUAAUAAUCCGUUUAGCGACUUAGCGGAAUUCGCCUUAAAAAUUCUUUCUCUGCCGUGGUCGAAUGCAGAAGUUGAGCGGAUAUUCUCACAAAUGAACAUCGUUAAGAGCAAAUUACGCAACGCCAUGAGCCUUAAAACAUUAAAUGCAAUAAUGUAUAUAAGAUAUGGACUAGAAAGACAUGGCAAAUGUUGCCAUAAUUAUGUCCUGCCAAAUGAAUAUUUGAGUCAAAUAACAAGCAGUGAAAAAUAUUCUGAUGUAUGUGAAGCUGACGAGCUAGACAAUAUUUUAAGUAUCCUUUAGUUUAAGACUGAUUUAGUUUAUAAAUUGAUUAAGUAAUGAAUUUUAAAUGUAAAUUGUUUGGUUUUUUUUUUAUUUUUAAGUGUUUUCAGUAAUAAUUUCUACGUUUCGUUAAAUAAAUAUGUAUAUUUGUUGAAAAUUAAGAUUUUAAUGGCUUAGCAAUUUUUCUAGCAAUUUUCAGAAAAUUUUUAGCAACUUUUAGCAAUUUUUCUUCAAAAAUCUAGCAAUUUUAGCUUGGAAGAUUCUGGCAGCACUGGAUACGAUGGGAGCAAUCCGAGAAAGGUAGGUGGACCUUUGAGAGGUGGACCACGGAGAAAUUGA